UCGCAGCUCAGCGAGGCAACAAGCAUUGAAGCAAGCAAUCAAGAGAACUCUCUCAACUGCCAUAGUAGCUAUUUCUUUUAUAAAUAAGUAGGAGGGUUGGGACCAAAUGUCUACGAAGGCACCCAUCAAAAGGAGUGAAUCGGCGAAAGCAGCCAGCCGUGGCCACUAUCAGCAAAGAGCUGUUACUAAAGAGAAAGACUGCGACAGCCUGUUACUGAUGAAUCCAAACGCCAGCGAAGACGAGCAGCUCUCCCCUGCUUCCCCAGACCUCCACCUGGCUCACAGCGACUCCAAGGAGCGCUUGGGAAAGGCUGGAAAGCCUCGGGGCUUUCUCAAAAUGCUAGUCGGUAGCCUCCGUGGUGGAAAACAAGGACCUGCACAGCUGGACCUCGAGGGAGGAGGGUAUGGAUCAGAGCCUGUUCCACAGACUGAACACCAACAUGGAUCUUUAUCUGAUACAGAGGAAAUUAGUUUCUAUGCUGAAAAUGGAGAAGAAAGACCAAAGAGGAUAUAUCAUUUAGCAACAUUACCAAGGAAUGAUUGGAAGAAAUUAAGAACGGAUAAAAAGCCUCAACUUGUUUGGCACACAAACUCGUAUUCACCCGAAGACAAUGGCAUACCAGAAGACAGCACUACAGAUUCCUUGCCAUCGUCAACACUACAAGACAAAUCACCUCCAGCGAUCAGUCCAGCUCAGAGUGAUCCCGUUAUGAUGUCAGCCAGUGAGUCUCCUAUUCUCUUUGAAACUGCCGUACAAUCAGCAGACUAUCAUUCCGUGGGACUGGAGGCUCUUGAGAUGCUCCACAAUCAAUUGGAAAUACUGGUGAGACAAGACUGUGACGAGGAAAUGGGUGACCUAAUGCAAGAUAAAGUUAUCGAGACACUCCACAAACAGAACAAUGACUUACAGAGAUCUCUUGAGUGUCUACAGAGUUCAGACCAGCAUCUCCGUGUCUCCCUCAAGAUGGCAGAAAUGAGAGCACAAGAGGCUGAGAUCAAACUCCAGCACAGCUCUGAUCGCUGCUAUAAACUAGAGAGAGACUGUCGUUGGUUAGAGACCGAGUUUAAGAUAUUAUAUCAGAAGUAUCACGAGUUACAGAAGCACCUGCAAAAGAAAGCAAUACUCAAUCAAAUGGCAAUGGAUCAAUCGAUGCCAUCAAGACUGCACAGGAGACCUAAUUCAGCUCACACUGUCACAACGAGGAGGAGACAGAACUCGUUUGAUACCUUAUACCUACCUCCAUCUUUAACAUCGCCACAAAGACACAACAGCACAGAGGUGAUUCACAGUAGUCACAGUCACCACACACUGCCUCACCCUCACCAGUCUCACAAUCAGAACAGUACUACCACCACUCAGCAUCAAACAGGAUCAAGCACACUGCCCAGACACCACAGUGGUAGUAUGAGUCACACUGAGACUAGAGUAUGAUCCAUAGAAUGUGUUCAUGCAGUGAUCAUUGUUAUUGUGUUUAUUAAUUAUUGUUUGUCAUCAUGUCCAAGUUAUAAUUGUUAAUUAAUAUCAAUCACAAAGUUAAUACUUACAU